AUGCUACUCUCAGAGGAUCCCGCGACGGCGCGCGAGCUGCGGCUGCACGAAGCCGCGUCGUCGCUGCAGAAGCUCUCGCGGCAGCUGGGCGCGCUGUCGCAGCGGCACGCCGAGCUGGUGGCGGCGCGGGCGGCGACGGACCACGCGGGCGCCAUCGCGACGCUCGACAGCCGCAAGUUCCGCACGGCCAAGGCGGCCAGCGACGCCGAGGCCGAGGCGGAGCGCGUCGCGCUGCAGGCCGCCGACCUCGCGGCGCGGCUGCAGGAGCUCGAGCUGCAGGGCGUCGAGGGCGACGUGAGCGCCAAGAGGCGCGACUUUGUCGACGACGAGGUCCUGCUGCGCCUCAAGGUGUACCGCAGCCUGGGCAUCGACAUUGAGCGCGACGACAAGGACGGCGAGUGGGUACGCGCCGUGAUUCGUAAUGAUAGAAAGGGGGACGUCCAUGUGGUGAAUAUGGAAAAGAAAUUCUCGCGCUACUUUUACGCGAAUUACUUUUGGAAGACGCUGUGA